UCUGAACAGGAAACGCCUUCAUUACUCCUUGCUAGCUUGCUGCUGGUGCAGAGCCUAGCUAGGGGAGAGAAACCGUGGGAGAAGGCAGAAUACGUAUGAUAUAAAAGAAGUAAAGUUAAAGCUCGAUCAACAUCUCGUAACGCGGAAGAAAGAAAGUGAACAGGUAUCACCAGCAACUUGGCAACAUCUUUUCUCUCCCCUGGCUCUCCAGUGUGUAAAGAUACCGCCCACUAUAUAUAUAUAUAUAUAUAUAAAAAUACAAAUAUAUAUAUAUCAUAUCUUAAAGUCACCUAGUGCCUCUCUGCCUGAUAGAUCAUUAUUUUCCCCUGCAUCUUCACCAGUGCAAAAACUAUCCAAACACCAGCAAGACAGAAGAAACAAAACUCACCACAGCAACCAAAGUUACCUGUCUUUAAAAGUUAACUCUAACUUUAUUAAGUUUUGAUGCCCCCAGAGAAUCAACCACAUCCAAGUUUCUGAUUAGUCUAGAUCUCAAAACUCUUCAUCACUCAUCAGCCUUUGCUCAGCCCAUCAAGGAAAGCUGUAAACAGCACUUAGCACCAUUAUGGCCUCCAUCACCCAGUCGUCCGAGCCCGAGAUCCCAGACAACCACAAAGAGAGCUGGCUGGCGCUGCUCUCUGCCGCGGAGGCGUAUUGCCAAAAGUCGGGCUGCGACCUGGCCAUACUCACAGCCUGUAAGAAGUUCCGGUCGUCGGGCGGAGACGGAGACGGGGUGAGGAAGCGGGAGAGCAGCAGUGCCUUUCCGAGGGAGUGUGACUUCUCCUACAGUGUGUGGGGCCAGGGGUUUCUGGCUGAGUCGGCGCGUCGCUACAUGGACGACAUCGGCGUGCUGCACUCCACGACCAUGCUAACAGCCCAAAAGCACACACGCCAAGCCGGGGUGGAGGGAGGAACCAAGCUGGUGGUUGACCUGACCUCUGACCCCGGACACAGGGGGAGCUUUACAGGAGACGGCGGGGUGGGUGGAGUCAGUCCCAACGGUAGACUGUACUCCCAGAGCUACCCGUCGAUCUACAGCUCAGGAGCUGUUACCGGGCAGGGCGGCGGGCAGAACGGUAACGGCGAGAGGGAGAGGGAGAAGAGCGUGCUGGAGGCCGAGCGAGGGAGGCAGAGGUCUGGGAUUGUGGAUUUGGAGGAAGAGUGUGAGGAUGAGGAAGAGGAGGAGGACAUGGAUGAGAGGAGACCCUAUGGGAAUGAAAGUGCUGGUGUGUUCUCAAUGGACGAGGACUCUCUGUCCCGGGACUGCGAGCCGUUCUUUGAAUCUGAUGGCGAGGAGGAGAGCACUGAUGGCUCUUUGAGCGAGGACGCUCCUCCGCCGUCCCGUGGCAUGGCCGUGGGUCAGGCCGCCUACUCGUCCCGUCACGCCCCCAACAUGGCUCUGGCCCGCUCGCUGCCCGUGUCUGUGCCCGUGUGGGGCUGCAGGGGAAACCGAGCAGCUCAGGGAGACAGCAACAGUGGAGAGCGGGUGGGCUGUGCUGACCUGGAGCACAUCGCAGCCAGUAUGAAAGCCCUGCUGGCCCCCGGAGCCACCGACGGAACAGAAAUGUUCGGGGCCCUGCCUCGGCCCCGUCUCAACACGGGGGACUUCUCCCUCAAGCACUGAGAGGAGGAGUGAGGCCGGAGCAGAGAGAGAGAGAGAGAGAGAGAGAAAGGGAUAGAGGGAGCGAGGUAGAGUGAUAAAGGAAACAUGGAGGCAGAGACAGGAGGGAUGUGAACGUUCAGUAUGUGAAACAGUGUAAAAGCUACGUAGUACCUCCAUUUAUUUCUCACUAACCAAAAUUAACGGCACAUGCUUCGAGGAGUAACCGAGGAGGGAAUGAUGUUAUGAACACUAAUAACAAAUUCAACACUACCCUGCUCCGCCCCCGUCCACACACACACACACACACACACACACACACACACACACACACACACACACACACACACACACACCUUGUCUGCUACUACUACACAUUUUCACAAUACUACACGACAGAACACUACAUUAGGAUUGGACAGGCCAGAUGUUGCCGCCCCACUAAACAAACAAACAAACAAACAAACAAACAAUCUAUUCCUUAAAAGGGGAAAUGGUUGACUUUAACAUGAAGCUUGUGGCUUUUGAAAAUGUGAGCGGAGGACACCAGCACCUCCUCAUACCAUGCCUAUUUGUACUUUUACUUUUGCCAAUGAAUGACUGACUGAUAGAAUGAUUGUAAAUCAAUAUCAAGUUACAGGGGAUGGGUUUUUUUUGUUUUUUUUGCUCCAGAUAUCUUCUUGAAAUGACUGUAUGAAUGAAGAAGUGACUGGGUGUGUGUGUGUGAGAGAGAGAGAGGAAGAAAGAGAUGGGUUGAUUUAAAAAAAAAAAAAAAAAAGGAACAAAUGUCCAUCUCUGACAUUUCAAAAACAAAUAAAUGUUCCAUUAAAGUACUUUUAUGUUUCAAAUAAAGGAGCAACACCAAGAAAGAGAA